UAACAAUAAACAACAAAAAAGAACAACAGAAUCAAGCAAUAAGAGGAGCAGAGCAAAAGAUGAUAAUGACUGAACAAACACAUAUAGGAAGAGACCUCCUACUGCUGUGGACAUGAUGGCCCUCCCCAUGAAGGAUGUCCCCAUAAGAGUAGCAGCACUUUUAAACAGAAUACCCAGAAAUAUCAGAAGCAGAGCAGUUUCAUUUCUCAAGAUGACUAAUGCACAACGCAUUGCCAUGCGCUUUUUCAUCCUCGCUGCUCUGCUGUUUGUGGGAAACAGUGUGUCAUCUGAAGUUGAUGACUCUUUGAGCUCUGAGGUGUUUCUGAACCAGGAUAGAAAGUCUCAGCACAACAUGUCCAAGAAACCAAGCCUCCAGCCCAAAGAGAGCAAGCCUCUUAUAGAAACAUACAUGCUGAAGAAAGACGGCCGUGUGUGUGUGAUGGCCAGGUUCGGCAUGGAGUUUGUGGUAAAAGAGGACAAGAAGACAUUGUAUUUCAACAUGGACCCCAACUCCACAAAAGCGACGGGAUUCUGCGCAAACAAAAAAAUUGUUCUCUCGCUCGAAUUUGAUGGAGGGAAUCUGGAAUUUACAUUCAUCAAGGACGGUGAUAAGUCAUAUGUUCAGACGCUGAGAGCGCUGCUGGAGCCUGAGCCUUCCUGUAAACAAUGCAAAGGUAAAAGCUACCCUGGUAUUUUGGACCAUGAAAAGCUCUUUGAGACCACCAAGGUGAAGAGCUUCAAGUGCCAAUCGCAGACUACAUUAAAACUGGCCGAAAAUCUGAUGAUUAAACUAAUCCCUCUGAAGAUUCAAGCGUUUGACCUGCCCAAGGGCACUUUUGGAGAAGAGACGGAGUGCUUGGCCGACUACACCAAGAGGAUCAUACCCAUUGUGGUGGGUGCUGUAGUCGCAGGAAUCGUCCUCAUUUCGGUUCUGGUGUAUGUGCUCAUGCGUGAACGCCGUUCUCAAGGCUACGAACAACUCUGAUUGUGAUCAACAUCAAAACCUCAGGAAACAACACUGUUUUACACCCCAAAGCUAUCAAAAACCAUCCUGUUUUAUUCUAGGCACUGAAUACUCCAUGAUGACGCCUUCAGAAUGUUGUAACAAAAGGUUUACCUACCAUCAUAUGCUAAAAAUUUGAUUAAAAAAAGUUGACAUGUUUCCACCAUUCAGAAAUGUGGGUCUUUAUGCUUUGACUGUUGGCUGUAUAUGAAUGAUAAAUGUGUAUUAAUGUAGGCCUCAUUUGUGGUUAAUUUUACUUUUAUGUAUAAAUUCUAGAUUGUUUUAUUACUAGCAAUAAAAUGUAGAGGAAUUGAAUGUGGAA